AUGGAUGGGUUGACAUCAAUGUCGAGUAAAAUGAAAGACUUAGAGGGAGGGAAAUUGAUAGGCACCAGGAACUGGCAUCCAAAUGAUAUAAAAGUCGACAUACCCGAGUAUGAUGGAAAGUUGGAUCUCGAUGAGUUCGUGGAGUGGCUUCGAACAGUAGAGCGCGUUUUUGAUUACAAGCAGGUCACAGAUGAAAAUAAAGUCAAAAUUGUUGCUCUCAAACUUCGUAAUUAUGCAUCCAUAUGGUGGGCUAAUACAUGUGCAAAGCGUGAAAAAGCCGGAAAAGAAAAGAUUAGAGCAUGGUCAAAAAUGAAAGAAGGUUUUUCUCAAUUGCAGUUUCUACAACAGGGUUCAGGAAUCGCUGAGGAAUAUUCUCGAGAGUUCGAGUAUCUUUUGAUGAAAUGUGACAUUCCAGAAGAUGAUCCACAGACCCUAGUUCGCUACUUGGGUGGUUUGGAACCCAAAAUUGCUAACGUAGUUGAAUUACAUACCUAUCAAACCCUAGCAGAGCUAACUUUAUUAGCCCACAAAGUUGACUCUCAAUUUCACUCCAAGUCCAAACAGGAUCCUAACCGAUCUUUUAAAACUACAAAUUACCAAAAAUCCCCAAUCAACCAAAAGACCAAUCCAUCGAAGCCAUAUAAACCUUCUACCAAUUCCAAUCCCAACCCAGAACCAUCUAAGGCCCCUUGCCGUUGUUUUCGCUGUCAAGGGCUAGGUCAUAUUGCAUCAGAAUGCCCAAAUAAGUGUAUCAUCUCAUUAGCGGACUUUGAACUUGCAAAUGGUUACGAUUUUGAAACCGAUUCUGGUUCCUCUAAUGCAAUUUCGGUUGAACAGGAAGAAGAAAUCAUUGGCCCCGAUGAAGGUGAAUGUCUAGUGAUACGCCGUGCUUUAAAUGUUAUUCCAGUUCAGGAGGAGAACGGGCAACGAGAAGCCAUUUUCCAUACACGAUGCACAAUUGCCCAGAAAGUUUGCACACUAAUUAUUGAUGGUGGAAGUUGUAAAAACGUUGCUUCUCAAACCUUAGUCACCAAAUUGAACUUACCCACUGAAAACCACCCUUCACCCUACAUGAUUCAUUGGCUCAAUCAAGGAAAGGGUAUUCGUGUAUCCCAACGGGUUUUGCUAUCUUUCAGUAUUGGCAAAACUUAUCGGGAUGAGUUAUGGUGUGAUGUUAUUCCAAUGGAUACCUGCCAUGUGUUGUUGGGUCGACCCUGGCAGUUCGAUUGCCGAGCAAUACAUGAUGGAUAUCACAACACUUAUUCGUUCACUCACAACAAACAUAAGAUUGUCCUCACACCUACCUCACCAACCAAACAAUCUCCUCACCCCUCUCCUGUCCUUGCUACUUUACUACAAUCCGAGCAUCAUGAGUUCCAUCUUUUCAAGGAAUUCAUUCUGUUGGGAUUUGAUGAACAUGGAGAACCUCACCAAGUCAGCCAGCAUCCAUAUCUCCAAACACUCCUAAACUCUUACAGUCAGGUUUUCCCAUCUGAGAUACCCAAGGGUUUACCACCUGCUAGAUCCAUUCAACACAAAAUUGACUUGAUACCUGGAUCCAUCCUACCAAAUAAGCCUGCCUAUCGAACUAACCCUCAUGAAACUAAUGAGAUACGCAAACAAGUUGAUGUCUUAUUAGACAAGGGGCUUAUACGAGAAUCUCUUAGUCCAUGUGCAAUUCCAACGUUACUUGUACCCAAAAAGAUCGGUGAAUAG